AUGGGUAAUCCUUCAACACCGGAACGAGUAGAGACCCCCCUUGGCAUGGGUGCCACCACUCUUAAUGAUGACCUCCAAUUCCUACGAGACUUGGAGAGCCAAUAUCAGGUGGCUGCCACCAACCCUUUUGCCAACCCACCUUCUUCAUCCAUUCAUGAAGCCCUGGGUUCCAUUGACAACUUCCUAUCUUACACAUUGGACGAAGUCAUAGGGGCUUUUGACUUUUCCUGGCCUGAACAAGCUCUUGCUCUUUUGUCCAAGCUCGAGCUCCACAUCCCACUACCAGGUUUGAGCAUGGACCACAUGAUAUCUAUGCAUACUGCUUCAGACACCAUCAAAUCAUGUCUAGGGGCUAUCGAGCAGGCUACAAAUUUGAAGGAUACCAUGCUCCACAAAGAAAAUGCUAGAGCCACCACUUCCACCUCCUUGCAAGGGAAAGUAUCACAAGGCAAGUCAAUGUCAAGUCAGGUUACCACCCUUGAAGUAAGGAAAAAUGCUCGCUCUUCUAGGAUAGCCGAGUUGGAGGCCGAACUCAGUAAGCUUCGUGCAGAGGAGGAACAAGAGCAAACCCAGUCACAGUCUCUAAUUCAAAACUUCAACGAGGAGCGUGAAAACAAGGCCAAGCUUGUUAAACUGAGGGCCACCUUUGAUGAGAUCAAGAAGAUUCUCCAUCCUUGA